GUGUGUGUGUGUGUGUGUGUGUGUGUGUGUGUGUGUAGGGACCCUGGAGGGGGUAUCGAGAUGUCAGACUUCAUCAGACAGGAGACUCCACCCGUGGACUGCAGCUCCAGAAACUCCUACAUCGGGAUGGAGUUGAACCAGCAGAUUGUGUCCGGCCACGGGAGAGCGACAGGAGCCAAAGGCGACGUGGGGAAGAUGUCAGAUGACCUCAGUUUGACUCUUGUGGAGAGCUGCAGCCAUGAUCACGAUCUGCUGUCAGACACUAAGAUGUACUGCCUUGUUCCCAACGACUCCUUCGCCUCCUUGCAACCUUCCACCUCCCUGUGUCCGUCGGAGCUGUCGAGGGAGCCGGCUGAUCUCUGUAACUCUGCUGCUUAUCACUUCAGCCUGUCGCACUCGUCCUGCGACGCCGAGCUCACCUCCCACGGGUCCCUGCAGUCUCAGACCUUCAGGAAGGAGCUCCGGUCUCGGGGUCUCCCUCGGACCUCCAGCUCCGCGGGGUCCGCCUUCCCCGACCCGUGUCUACCUGACUUUGCUUUGUACCCUCCGCCCAGGAGAGGCGGCCUGGACCCCGUGUGCGAGCUGGAGGCCGCCAGACCUCAGCGGCCGGGUCUGUGUGGGAGAGAGGGGGCGGAGCGGCUGCACCAGCAGGAUCCAGCUGUUCCCUCCACCUCGGGGAUCGAGUGUUACCGGCACAAGGAGCCGCGCAGGGUGGCCCGCUCCGCCUCCAGGGAGGCCGGGGAGGGCAGCUCAGGACUGUAUCAGGUAGAGGGGGGCGGUGGUGGUGGAAGAGGCCCGGGUGGGGGAGGGAAGUCCCAGGGAGGGGAGCGCAGUGCGGACAGCCUGAGGAGUCUGAGCACUCGCAGCAGCGGCUCCACUGAGAGCUACUGCAGCGGAACAGACAGAGACACCAACAGCACGGUCAGCAGCUUCCACAGCGAGCAGACGAGCUCCACCCACGUGGAGAGUCUGCUCUCUCUUUCAGGGGACGAGCGCGUGCGGGACAGAGGAGAGGCCGCCUCCGCUCCUGCAGACAACAGGACUUUGAGCCUGGGCAGUAUCAGCUCUCGGGGUCUCAGUAACCUCCCGUCCAGGGAGGCCAAUAAAAACCCUCACGCUAACGAGCUGACUGCUAAACCGCCUGCUGAAACACAGACGGCGCCCGCGGUCCAGGAGCAGGUGGAGCCUGGUCGGGGUCAGGAGGAGCCCGGUAUCAGGACCAGUGCUGAUGGCUCAGCGGGUGUAGCGGCCACAGAGCCGGAGCAGGUGAGAGAUGACUCUAAACCAAAGUCAGAGAGCAUUGUUCAGAGGACUUCUUCUCUGUCCGCGGGGCGCAGCGCUCGCCGGCGGACGGGCAAGAAAAGAGCGAGCAGCUUUGAUGCCAGCCGGCACCGGGACUACAUGUCUCUGCGUGGCAUGGCUAAGCCUUGUAGCGCGGUGUUCACCGGGGGCGGGGAGGAGGACUCCAGCGAUCAGAGCGAGCUCAGCUGUGCCUCCAGUCUUCACUCCGCCCACCACCUGAGCACAGACAGCUCCUCCAGCAACACCUCGCGUUCCUGCCACUCCCCCGAGGGGGGGUACUACAGGACCCUGAAGGGGAAGCACACCGCAGCCUCCUCGUCCUCCUCCGCAGUCAAAGCCGCCGCGGGAUCCGAGGCGGGCGUGCAAACCAGAGGGAAGCGGCGCACCUCUCGGAGGACUCCCAGCACGGGCAGCGCCAAAACACACGCCCGGGUGUUGAGUCUGGACAGCGGGACGGCCGCCUGCCUUAAUGACCCCGGCCGCCUCGGAGCGCCCGCCGGGCCUCGGGCCCUCACCACCUCCAAGUCGGACCUGGAAGCCAAAGAAGGGGAAGUCCUGGACGCUGCCUCCCUGCUGGGUCGGGCCUCCCAGCUGGAGUCAGUGACCCGCUCCAGGAACAGUCUGCCCAACCAGGCGGCUUUCUCCGAGCCUCAGGAUUCAGCUUCUCUGCGGGCGCCGGGGAGCGAGGAGACGGUCAUAUUUCGGCGUGAGCGUAGCACGUUUCGUCGGCAGGCGGUGCGGCGGCGACACAACGCUGGCAGUAACCCCACCCCGCCCACCUCUCUGAUUGGAUCUCCUCUCAGUCUUCAGGAGGCUCUCAGCCAGGCCUCCCAGCCUUCUUCUUCCCAGGUGAAAAGUCAGCCCUCCAGAACCCCGUCCCAGGUGACCGUGCUGAGCACAAGCGCCUCCCUGCUGGCCAGGAAUGGAAGCACACACCUGGAGGGUUCUCAGGACAAGGCCUCGACUGUGGGCGCUACCAGCCUGCAGGACGACUUCGGUAGGGAGCGCAGGAGGAGAGGGGGUUCAGAUGAUGGAGGGGAGUUGGUGUGCAGUGUUUCAGGAGGUGGAUGUGUCAUGUUUGUGCUGCGGUUGCUUUUUGAAUUCUUGUUUGGACCGUCGCUGCGCUGCCAUUGAUGCUUUGGGGUUGCUUGAAAAAGAGCGAGCCACAGAUACGAUUUCAGCGGAGCAGCAUUAUCCACGCUCGCUGGUCUGACGCAAUCAGUCAAGCCGAGCGCCGUUAUUCACGCUCCAUUUCUCUCUGUGAUAUUUAGUCUGUAGCCAGCACUUGACCUGGCGGGGCUGCUGCUGCUGAUGUCUGUGUACGUAAACAUGUUUCCCCUGAUGGACGGUAAUGAUGGUAAAGAGAGACGGAGGUUGUGUAAGGGCUGUCUCGUGUCCUUCCUCUGAAGCAGCGCUAAAUGGAUUACUGCUCCGGCUCAUAAUGUGACCCAGAGCGCCAUGCACUGAUGAGACACUCUGUGAUGUGAGGCUCUGUGCUCGUCAUCUCACACUGUUGGUUAGUAGCUCUGCCCGAUCUGUGCAGCACUUCCUUGUUUUUAACGCUGUCUCACUUAGAGCUCAGAACCAAACGGCAAACAACGCCUGAUCGACGAUAUCAGAAUCAGAAUCAAACAAAUCCAGAGCAUUCAGGAGCAGAAUCUAAAGUUAGAAGGAGGACAUAC